UAGUUCCGUCCUCUCAACUUCCGCUUCCUCUUGACUCUGGCUGGGGGGGGGGAGGUGGGGGGCGGUGUUGAGAUUCCCGUGUCCCGGGGAGGUCAAGAUUCCUGUCAGGCAUGGCACAUGGACAUGAGCAUGGACAUGGUCAUGAAAAAAUUGAACUCCCUGAUUACAAACAGUGGAAGAUAGAAGGAACACCACUACAGCGAGUCCAGGACAGGUUGGCUAAGCAAGGUCUCAGGGAUCCAUGGGGCCGCAAUGAAGCUUGGCGAUACAUGGGUCGUUUUGGAAAACCUGCUACUUUGUGGGCUGCUUUGUCAAGAGGAUUCAAAUGGGGUUUUGGAGCAUUUUUAGUAGCUGUUGGAGUAGAAUAUUUCCUAACUGCCCCAAAGAAUGAGGAGGAACAUGCUUCUAAACACUAAAGUUAAGACAAGGAGGAAUCAUAGCUAAUUAUUUAGAGUGAAUGUUUGCUGUUCUAUAGUUUGCUUACUUGCCAUGUUAAAGAUUAAUAUUAAAAUUUCACUUGAUAAAAGAA